GCCAUGGAGCAGGAUCGGGGCGAGUUGGUGUCUACUUUCUGCCACAAGACUUCAUCUUUGGAGCGGAUGGAGGAGGAAGGUGAUGAUGAGGAGGAGGAUGAUGAAUUGGACAUCUUUGGGGGUUAUGACAGCUUCCGGGGCUACAACAGCAGCAUGGGCAGCGACAGCAGCUCCUGUCUGGAUGAGUCUAGUGAUGAUGAGGCAGCAAACCGAGAAGCUGGAGAGCUUCCGACCUCUCCUAUGCACCAGCUGUCCACAGGCCGGCUCACAGAGGAUAGCGGCUCCGAGCCAGCUGUGUGCGAGAUGUGUGGGAUUGUGGGCACCAGGGAGGCUUUCUUCUCCAAGACCAAACGUUUCUGCAGCGUCUCCUGCUCCAGAAGCUACUCCUCAAACUCCAAGAAGGCCAGCAUCCUGGCCAGACUGCAGGGGAAGCCACCAACGAAGAAAGCUAAAGUCCUGCACAAGGCAGCCUGGUCGGCUAAGAUCGGGGCCUUCCUCCAUUCGCAGGGCACGGGACAGCUGGCAGAUGGGACACUGACGGGCCAGGAUGCGCUUGUCCUGGGCUUUGACUGGGGAAAGUACCUGCAGGAGCACGGCUUCAAGGCAGCUCCUGUCAGCUGCUUCAAACACGUGCCGCUCUUUGAUCAGUGGGAUGAUGUGGUGAAAGGUAUGAAAGUGGAAGUGCUGAACAGUGAUGCUGUCCUCCCCAGCCGUGUGUACUGGAUUGCGUCUGUCAUCCAGACUGUAGGGUACAGGGCCCUUCUGCGAUAUGAGGGCUUUGAGAAUGAUGCUGGCCACGACUUCUGGUGCAAUUUGGGCACAGUGGAUAUUCACCCCAUUGGCUGGUGUGCCAUCAACAGCAAAAUCCUGGUACCACCACAAACUAUCCAUGCCAAGUACACUGACUGGAGAAGUUACCUCAUGAAAAAACUGGUGGGAGCCAGGACCAUCCCAGUGGAUUUCCACAUCAAGAUGGCAGAGAGCAUGAAGUACCCAUUCCGGCAGGGCAUGCGGGUGGAGGUGGUGGAUAAGAACCAUGUGUCCCGGACACGCAUGGCAGUGGUGGACACAGUGAUCGGGGGCAGACUGAGACUCCUCUAUGAGGAUGGCGACAGCGAUGAUGACUUCUGGUGCCACAUGUGGAGUCCCCUCAUCCAUCCUGUGGGCUGGUCACGGAGAGUGGGCCACAGCAUGAAGAAGACAGAAAAACGCAGUGACAUGGCAAACCAUCCCACCUUCCGGAAGAUUUACUGUGAUGCUGUCCCCUAUCUGUUUAAGAAGGUACGAGCUGUCUAUGCUGAAGGUGGAUGGUUCGAGGAAGGCAUGAAACUGGAGGCCAUUGACCCCCUGAAUCUGGGCAACAUUUGUGUGGCCACUGUUUGCAAGGUCCUCUUGGACGGGUAUCUCAUGAUAAGCAUUGAUGGAGCCACAUCUGCUGAUGGCUCUGACUGGUUUUGCUAUCAUGCCUCCUCGCAUGCCAUCUUCCCUGUCAACUUCUGUCAGAAGAAUAGCAUCGAUCUGACCCCUCCAAAAGGGCAAGAUGCAAAGACCUUCAACUGGGAAAGUUACCUGGAAAAGACUAAAUCAAGACCUGUUCCAGCACGGCUUUUCAACACAGACUGCCCAAACCAUGGCUUCAAGGCAGGCAUGAAGGUGGAAGCAGUGGACCUGAUGGAGCCCCGGCUCAUCUGCGUGGCCACAGUGAAGCGUGUAGUCCACCGUCUCCUUAGCAUCCAUUUUGAUGGCUGGGACAACGAGUAUGACCAGUGGGUGGACUGCGAGUCUCCAGACAUUUAUCCUGUGGGGUGGUGCGAGCUGACAGGCUACCAGCUUCAACCACCCGUUGUUCCAGAGCCCACAACUCCAGUGAAGGCCAAGGAGGUGCCCAAGAAGAAGAAGAAACCCUAUGGAAAGAAGAGAAAAAAGUUACCUGCCAAAACCCGCAACGUCAAGCAGACUGUCAAGAAGUCUUCUGCCCCAAGGACGAAGCGAGAAGCAAAAGCUGCCAGCAAGGCUUUGCCAGAGCCAGCACCUGAUGAGAUCAUUGCUGUGCAGGUGAAAGAAGAAACCAUCGACCCCUCAGUUGCAGAGUUUGGAGCCCCAGAGCUUCCCGUUCCCAUCAGCAGCAUAAAGCAGGAGGUCACAGACUGAUCCUGGAGUAUCUCCCAGCUGCCCACAGCAGCCUACGCUUCACCUUGUGACUCUUUGGGGAAAGUCCUGGCAAAGGGAAGUGGAAGACUAAAAGGGUCUUGCCUUUUUGAGGCAGACCACCCUGCAACAUCACAACUCUGCUUUCCUGGUGUGCAAGAAAAUUUCCCCCAGACUUGUAAUUUUAAGCCCUGGGAAACACACUCCAGAAAGGCCGCAGGCAUGCUGAG